UUGCAGUGCAGCAGUUUGUUUUCGGAUGAAGCCUCGUCCAGUGGAGAGCAGCGGCACUGCAUGAUGGGGAACGAGAGGAAGUUCUUCAGGAACUUCUGGCAGAGCAGAAUCCAGAGUUUUUUUCCUCCCCUCCUCUAGUCUGAAGAAGUGAAUCUAGUUCCGUUAACGGAGGAAUAGCGGGGGAACGUCAUCGAAGUUGGGGGGAAAAAACGCGAUUUCCAAGCACUUUUCGCUUUCUGCGCCGAUUCACUUAUGGAAAACCUGGGAAAAGAGUGAACUUUCCUCCGAGGAAAACUUCACCAACAGAAGGGGCGAUGAGAUGCGAGUGAGCGAUGCCUUGUGGAAAUGGACAGAUUGCGUCUAAGCGAAAACAUGGCGUCUGUCUCCCAAAGUUUGGAUUAUUUUCCAGCCUGCUCUUUGCACUGUGCUGCCUGGAGGCGCGCUCGGUCGUUAAGGCAGACGCGGCAGCGUGCACCCCGUGCCCGGGUAACUGCUCCUGCACGGCGGCGGGACCCCAAAACUCCUGCGUGGUCAAUUGCUCCAACAUCGGACUAGAUCAGGCCCCGGCGGCGUCCGACCUGCCCGCCGACACACACACACUAGAUCUGUCCAGAAACCGCAUUCACUCAGUGGACUGGAGUCUGUUUGAUCACCUCACUGCACUGAAGGAGCUGUAUCUGCAGAGCAAUCGUCUUGCCACUCUUCCUCACGGGAUCUUUGGUUGCGGCCCGCUGGCUGUGCUAGAUCUGAGCAACAACCAGAUCACCACCAUCGAGGAGCGAACAUGCGACCAUUUGUUCAACUUAACUACUAUAGACCUGAGCUUUAACCCGUUCCUCUGCGACUGUAAGCUGGUGCGUCUAGUGAGCUGGCUCCAGGAGCAGGGGGUUAAAGUCAAGCGGCCGAACUCUAUGCUCUGCGACCGACCACCCGAGGUCAGAAACCAGCCGCUGCUCAACGUCAGCGUGCACACUUGUGGUCUGACAUACGCAGGCUGUCUGCAAGACGAGGCGCACACAGCAGGGGUGGAGCUGGUCAUCUUCUCGUCCUCCACGCCGGGUCCGUUCUCACGUGAAGAGUGCAACUCCAAGUGUUUUCAUGAGAACCAGCGGUACGGCGGUCUGGGCCAGCAGAGAGAGUGUCUGUGCAGCACCAACUCUGAGCCCAAUCACAUCAGCGAGUCGCAGUGUUCGGCCGCCUGCUCUGACCCGCUCGUCAUGAAGGAGUGCCGCUGGACGGUUGCGCGCGACGUAUUUCAGGUGAAUUUCUCCGCCUCUCUUCCAUCCCGUCGUGUUUCUGUGCACUCUGAGGCUGUCCUAUCCGUGGCCUCCUCCGUCUCCCCUGCCUCGUUCUCAUGGGACUUCGGUGACCUUUCACCCCGGGUCAACACCUCCACGCCCAACACCACAGCCAGGCACAAGUACGGCGUCCCGGGGCGCUACCAGGCUCAUGUGAGCCUCUCUGCGGGUCACCAGGAGAUCAUGGCUCAGGGGAGUGUAAGCGUGGAACUGCCUCCCCGAUUGGAGCUGCACUGCCCCGACCUUAUCGUGGCCAAUCAGAGCCUGGAGGCGGAGCUUUCUCUGGUCAACUGGGGUGGAGUGGGCGUGACCGUGGACUGGAGGAUCAGUAAGGAUGGCAGAGAGGUCGCCAGAGCGGAGCCGCAGUGUCCGCCUGAUGCUCUUCAUCAUGUGGACUCAUCCCGCUGUUUUCUGCUGGUGUCAGAGGAGGUGAGCUGGGCUGAGGCGCGACGAAACUGCUCAGGCCGCGGUGGAGAACUGGCCGUGGUUCAUUCACAAAGCCUAAGAGACCUGCUGGCCACUAAAAUCACACAGGAGCGUGGUGUGUGGCUGGGUCUGAGUGAUCAGUCUUCUCCCCAUGUGCUCCGCUGGCUGGACGGCUCUGAUGUGCUGCCGGGUGAGGAGGGCUCCAGGGAUCGGGGGUCUCUUCAGCCGGGGAACGUGUGUGUGUCUCUGGACGGCGGCGCGCAACCCAGCAUACACUCCUGCACCGCCAAACGAGCAUUCAUCUGCCAGUUCACACGUCACGUUCGUGUUCCUGAUGCUGGUGUUUCUAUGGUGGGAACUGCUGUGUUUAAUACCCACAAUCCUCUGAGGAGCCCAGCAGUGUCACACACAUCUGUGCCGAACACACCGGCCAGGAGAGUAGAGCUGCUGUUGUUUGCUGGUCUGAGUUUCGUGAGCGCUGGCCGUCUGUCGUCUCUGGAGUUCGUCACACACUCUCUGGACACACACACUCAAGUGCGCUUUCAGGUGUAUCGACCACGCUGCCCGAGCUUCACACACACACUGCUGCCAGCUUGCGGUGAGCUCUGCGCCCCCAUCAGCGUCUGCCAGGCUCCAGAUGAGUGGAUGAACAGCACUGAAGCUCCAGCGGCUCCAGGGUGUCCAGCAGAGCGCCACUUCUGCCCCUUCUCUGAACGCUGUGUUUCUCUGUCCAGCCCCUGUCCCAGCAGCGCUUGCUUCAACUGCUCCGGGGUCAGUCCUCCGCCCGCGGGCACACAAUACCCAGAGUACAGCCUGCUGGACGAGGUGCUGAUCUCACUGCCAGCCGGACCAGCAGCCAGCGUCCUGGUCCAGGAGGAGGUUCAGGACCUGCUGGUAUCCCCCGGUGAUAUCAUCGCCCUGCAGCAUGACGCUGGACCCUCGGGACUCCUGCAGUGCUCCCCAGACCCUUCAUCCCCCUGGAGCCAAAGUCUGCUCAUCCAGAACCGCUCACACUGGUGGGACGCCAACGAGACGCUGCAGGCUGACGUGGAGGGGGUCUGGGAGGAGGGUGUGCUGUGCCAGAUCCGGGUGUUGUAUGUGGGACAGAACCAGACGGGUCUGCAGGGUCCGUUUCUCCGCUCUGGACUCCCGCAGGUUGGAGAUUACAGUUUAGAAGUGACGUCCAACGAUGAGGAUUUUCCCGUCACUGCAUCCUGCCCGAUUCAAGUCAUCCCGCCACUGACGCCAACUGUAAUCCAUCCGACAAAUCACAACAACACUGUGUACUUCCUGCCCAAUCAGACGUGGGUUCUCAUUAAAGUGCGCUCUCAGCACAGUGCUCUGAUUGGCUGUCAGGGCAACAAUCUGACUGUGGCAUUUGAAAGGGCGUGUCCUCAGAGUCUGCUGUCGAAGGUGGCCGAGUGCAGGCAGUCCGACCCAUUCAAUGACACCAUGUUUGCCUGGGUUGACCUGCAGGCUGGAUCUACGCCAGGACAGACCACCGUUGUGCUUCAUGUCAAGAGUGAAGUCACUGAGGCCUAUCUGCAGAUUCAGGCCAGAGUUCAAGAGCCACUGCGAGGACUGCUCAUACAACCACAUCCUGCGCACAGAGUCCUGAUGGAGUCCGUAGUGUGCUACACGCCGUCUGUGGAAGCAGGAACAGACCCUUCGUUCAGGUGGACAGUGGAUGAUAAACCACACUUCACGUACUACAACAGCAUGCUAAAUAUUAUCUACCAGAACGCAGCGGUGUACAAGCUCACGGUGACGGCGAUGAACCAGGUCAGCAUGCUGACUGAAGACUUCAACGUGACGGUGGACCGUAUGAACCCCAUGACUGACCCGACCGUACACGGAGUCCCCAAAAUAGUGCAACAGGGUUCACUACUGAACCUCACUGCGUUUAUCACGAUAGACACAGCGGUGGACGUCACCUUCUGGUGGUGGUUUGGGGACGGAGGAAAUCGUACUCAUCAGUUUAAGUCACCGUAUGAUGAUAACCCCUCUACUAACAUGGUGGGGAUUCGUGACCAUGUGGAGUACAUUUAUGCACAGCCAGGGGAGUACACCCUACUGUUGUCCACGUCCAACCGCUAUGAGAACAAGACAUGCAAAGUUGAUGUAUAUGUCUUCAGCAUUCUGACGAGUGUGCAAAUCGAGGUUUACCCGCCGCUCCUGCGUGCCGAAAAACCAGCUGACUUUGAGGCCCACCCUCUUCCUUCUCCAUAUGGCAUCAUAUACACCUGGAAUUUUGGGGACAAUUCGAGUAUACAGCAGGGACGGGAACGCAGGGUUCCUCACGCAUACACUCACAGUGGUAUCUACAACAUCUGUGUGAAUGUGAACAACAGCAUUAGCUCAACAGACACAUGCGCUAACAUUAUUGUCUAUGAGGAUAUUAAGGGCUUGGAAGUAAUGUCCUCUGCUCCCACAGAACACAACACACCUACUGUUAUCAGAGCUAGUCUGGAAGCUGGCAAUAACGUAACUUGGAGCUUUGACAUGGGUGAUGGAAAGGUGCACAAGAGUGUUGAACCCCAGAUUAAAUACAAGUAUAGGGAAGAUGGAAACUACACUGUCAAUGUCACCGCAGAGAACGCAGUGAGCUCUCAGUGGCUGACCAUACCCGUUGAGGUGUUUGUUCUACAAGUGUUAUCGCUAGAACCUACCGGGUGCAUUGAAGAAAACAAAAUAGUCAGCUUUCAUGUGUUUGUGUCUGGGAAUGCUUCAGGACAUCAGUAUGUGUGGAGUUUUGGAGAUGGGAGCCCCAAUGAGACUCAGUAUGGGACGCCGCUGAUUACCCACUCGUAUGUUAAUAGUGGUGAUUACAAUCUGUCACUUCUUGUGUCAAGUGACGCCAACAAGGCCCAUUUUUACACAAGGAUCUGCGUCCAACCUAAAGUUACAGUAGUGUCUGUGACCCCUUUGAGGACACAUGUCAGACUUGGUGAAGAGAGUAGAUUUACAGUAGCUGCUGUUCCUGAAUUCAAUUACACAUACUUGUGGGACUUUGGAGUUGUGGACUCGGGAGGUCCAGUUCGAGGUGGUAAGGAGAUGACAUAUACCUUCAAUAGUGCUGGGGAAUACCAAGUAACAGUUACUGUACAGAACAACAUCUCCUCUAUCAAUGCCUCAGUUUCCAUUGAGAUACAGCAAUCAGUUGGACUUUUGUUAAUCAGCCAUAAUGGAGACAAAGGAAACCAUCUUUCUUUACACCAAGAGUACAAUUUCAAAGCGUCCUCAGAUUCGAUGAAUGCUGUCUACAUUUGGGACUUUGGAGAUGGGACUCAAUGUAAUGGGAAAAUUGUGUCACAUUCUUACAAUUCUUCAGGCAGGUUCAGCAUCAGUGUCAUAGGGAAGAAUGAAGUGAGCAAGACCAAAAAUGAGACUUCUGUUGUGGUCCUGGCACCAAUCACGAGACUGUCUAUAAAUGCCAGCCUUGUCAAUGUACCAUUGAAUGCUUCUGUGCACUUCGAGGCACAACUCGACCAAGGAGAUGAUGUACGAUACUCUUGGAUUCUUUGUGACCGGUGCAAGUCCAUCCAAGGCACUCACACCAUGUUCUACACAUUUCUAUCUGUCGGGACCUUCAAUGUCAUUGUUACCGCAGAGAAUGCUAUCAGCAUGGCUCAGUCCAGCAUUUUCAUCUUUGUGCAGCGUGAGUUGGAAGGCUUGCAGAUAGUGGCCGAUGACCUUAUUGAAGGAUGCUGUUUUGCAACAAAUCGUAUCCUUCACUUACAAGCCUCAUUAAAAGAAGGCACCAACAUGACCUUCACCUGGAACCUUCUGAGAGAACAUGAGAACCAUGACAACCUCACAGGCAAGACCAUAGAGCUCAAUUUUUCCACACCAGGUCCUUGUGAGGUCAUUCUUAAGGCGACCAACUUGCUUGGCCAGCUGUCUGUGAAUAAAACGAUUGAGUUUCUAGAUCCUGUGCAGGAUCUGGUGCUUGAGUCCUUACCAAACCCUGCUGCUGUAAACGCCAUGACAAAUAUGACAGUAUCUGUAAAUUCUGGGACCAAUCUCCAUUAUAAAUGGUGGGCAGAUGGUGAUCUGUUGGAGUCUGACAUGCCCUCCAUCUUGCAUCGAUUCAGAAGUGCUGGUUUGAAGCUGGUUAAAGUAGAGGUUUCCAAUAAAGUCAACUCUGAAGUGGUGUCAAAAUGGAUCAGCAUUCAAGAACCGAUCUCAGGACUGACUUUCAUCGCAAAAAAUGUUACAGAGAAUUUUGUAGCCACUGGGGACAAUGUUUCCAUGCGUGGAGACACUCAAAUGGGGACCAACAUUUCAUGGAUGUGGCUAUUGCCAGAUAGCACUAAAUCGAACCAACGUGCCAUCUCAUACAUCUUUCACACUCCAGGACUUUUCACUGUAGCUUUGAAUGCCACUAAUGACGUGAGCGGAGAAAUGUACUUGCGGGAUUUUACAGUUCAAGAUCGCAUCCAGGGUCUGGAACUCAAGGCAAGCAAACAAAUUGCUGCCGUUGGUGAAAAUGUUGAGUUCACCAUAUCAGUCUCAUCUGGAACUUCCGUCAGCUUUAUCCUGAGCAUUAGUGGAGAUGCAACCGUCGUACUAAACAAUCUAACAUACGUCCACCAGUUCACCAGUGUUGCCAAGUACUAUGUCAACCUUACUGCCUACAACCACGUGAGUUCAGAACGAAGGACCCUUCACAUUGAAGUGAUGGAGCCUGUGACCAAGCUGACUAUACUAGACUGCUGUGAUGCUGCUAUACCUGUGGGAGUUCCUAGGUCUUACGUAGCAUCCACACCAACACGUGAGCCACUGACCAUCCUUUGGACCUUUGACCUUCAUCAUGGUUUCAAGAUUUCUCGGGUUGGCAAGUCUAUGACAUAUGCCCCAGAGCAGCCAGGCAAUCUGACCAUAUUCCUGAGAGCGUUCAAUUCUCUGAAUGGUCUAAAUGUAACUAAGGUUAUACAAGUUCAGAGCAUUAUCAGAUCAGCAUUGUUGGAUGCUCAACCUAGUGACACUUUUGUAAACAAGACUGUUAACUUCCAUGUAGGCAUAACCCCUGCUUCAACUCCAGCUACAUAUCAGUGGGACUUUGGGGAUGGUACUUCUGGCACUAUCACCACUGCACCUUUUCAUAAUCAUGUCUACUUGAUUCCUGGACACUAUGUAGUGCGAGUCAAUGUAAGUAACCUGGUGAGCUGGGUUACAGCACAGAUUGAGGUCAACAUCUCAGUCUUAAAGUGCGAUGAACCAGAGGUGCAGAUCAUUCAAGCUCCACGACUUGCCAUCUGGCGGCAUCAACCAACUUUGGUAGAAGCCAGUGUGAAUCUGAAAGGUUGUGUCCUCUAUGGUGUAGAGUACCUUUGGGAGAUCCUCACCUCCCCUCGCUGUCAGGAUGAUGACAAGAAAGGUCCACCACCGUCUAAGAUUCAACUCCCUCCAGAAGUCAAUGUUCGAAGGCUCCAACUUUCAGUGCCCAAGAUUUCGAUUCCCGCUGGGAACUACACUCUAGUUUUUUCUCUGUCCUACGAAGGGGUGCCACUGCGGAAAGCAGCAUGUCUUCAGCUUUCGGUCAUGUCUAAAAAGUUAGUGCCCAUCAUUGAAGGUGGCACCUACCGUGUGUGGUCUAAAACUCACGAUUUGGAUCUAAGCGCAGAACAAUCCUAUGAUCCCAACCUGGACCCGGAGAACCAGGUACCACUCAGCUACCACUGGGAAUGUGUGAGCACCUCAAAGGGUCCUGAUCACUGCUCCACUUUGCAUUUUGGCUUGGGUCCGAGCGACCCGGUUCUGGGAAUCUCUGGUUCUGAACUGGAGGUUGACGUUGAAUAUACUUUCCGCCUGACUGUCAGCAAAGAUGGCAUGGCCCCCGAAUCCACCACCCAAACGGUGUGUGUGCAGAGCGGUCGCAUCCCGAUGGUUUCUCUGAAGUGUGUGUCGUGUAAAGCUCAGUCUCGCUAUGAGAUCAGUCAGAGUUCCUACGUUUAUUUGGCCGGCCACUGCAGCAACUGCCAAAGCUCACACAGAGGGCGGUGGACGGCGAUGACGCGGCGUAACGAGACGCUGGUUCUAGAUCUGAAUACCACAACCACAGGCAGCGACAGCAUGCGCCUGGUGCUUCGGCAGGGCAUCUUGCGGGACAGGGAGUCCUACAUCUUCAGCCUCCACGUCACCGAUGACGGGAUGGACCGAGAGGGCGUGGCCUACAUCGAGCUCCACCCCAACCUGCCACCUGACGGAGGGGCGUGUUCUCUGUGGGCGGACGGGGGUGGAACUCAGGUGCAGACGCUGCUGGAGAGAGUGCACUUUAACUGCUCAGGUUACACUGAUCUGGAUGAGACAGAGUCUCCGCUGGUCUACAGUCUGCUGGUCGUGCGCUGCUCUGAGCUCUACUGCGAGGAGUUCUAUGUGUACAAAGGCACCAGUCCAGAACAUUCAGCCUUCCUGCCGCCCGGCUUCAGCUCAGCCCAGUACAGAGUGUCUGUGCUGGUGAUGGUGGAGGACCACCAGGGGGCGUCAAUCCUGGCUCGCAACACGUCGAUGGAGGUGGUGCUCCCAGUGGUUCCUGACGGGUUUGUCUCGCUUCCUCAUUGGCUGAGUAAUGUGACGGCCUCCACUCUGCGGGAGCUGCUCCGUCAAGGAGACUCUCAGAGGGUCCGAGAGCUGUCCCUCGCCCUCAUCACUGUCCUCAAUGAGUAUGAGCAGGGAGUGUCCCGCAGGCGUGAGCGUGUGUCUAAAUCGGAGCGUCAGUAUCGAGUGAGCAUCAGAGGAAACAUCACUAGAGCUCUGACCUCACUGGACCUCACCACGGUCAGCGACAUCCAGCAGACCUCCGCGGCGCUCGCCCAGUGCACAGCUGUGAGUCGUGAGUUUGUGUGUGAGGAGUGUCAGAACAGCACUCUGGACAAACUUGAGUCCAUGCUGGAGAUCCUGCAGACGGACACCAAACAGGGCACAGUCACCCCCACUGAGAUAGCAGACAACAUCCUCAACAUCAUGGGUGAUCUGAUCCACCAGGUGAAUCAGGUGGCUUCAUCUCCUCCUCCAGAAGCUGAAGAUCAGGACGGCAGCGUUUCCCAGCAGCCUCCGUUCCUCCAGGAGGAGCUGCAGCACCACCCGCUGAGAGUGGCCGCUAAAGCCUACACGCUGUCCUCCGUCCUCAUGCGGAUCCUCAUGCUGGGACGCGUCCUGAACGAGGAGCCGCUGAUCCUCCGCGGCGCAGAGAUCGCAGCCGUCGGCAAACGCGCAGACCCACAGAGCCUCCUCUGCUACGGCGAGAGCGACGCACCCGAAUGCCAAGGCUUCUCCAUCCCGCGGCCGUUCAAUUCCAGUUUGGGACGGGCAGCAGAGGGCGCUCUGGCACCCAAUAGCGACGACGGAAUCGUGCAGCUACUCUUCCAGGUGGAGCCCAAUCCAUUCCCGUUCAACUACGUAGACAAUUACCCUGUUUCCACAGAGGUGGCGUCCAUGGAGUUUCGUACGGUGAACGGCACACAGAUUCCCAUCGCAGAUCUGGACGAGAGUCAGGCCAUAACAGUUGCGGUCAAUAACGGGAGCGCGACCGGAUUGGACGCUAGCGGAUUGAAGGCAGUUUUGCCGCCGGCGGGAGCAGUGAAUAUUAGCCGAUGCGAUUCGAUCAUCGUGAGGGUGAACACCAGAAACACCAACAGACAAGCCGGAGUUUACAUACAGCUCAACUUCACCGUACUUGACGAUACUCCAGACUCGUGGAUCACAGCCUAUCUGGACACCUCUGAAUGGCCCAAUGAAUUCAACAGCACUGACAGGAAACGCAUCACGCUCAACAUGACAAGAAGGCCGGACCUUCAUCACCGUGACUACACCUUCUUCCUUUCUCCAAAUGUGUACGACACCACGCAGGAUCACUUCAUCAACGUGUCGUCAGGCUGUGGCACUGCAGAACCAGAGCUCCUGCGUCUGGAAGUGGCCGUCUUCACGUCUCUGUGUCAGUACUUUAGUGAAAGUGCCAAACAAUGGCGGACGGAUGGCAUGGAGCCGCUCGCAGAGACCAGCGUGGGUCAAGCCGUGUGCCGCACCCAUCACCUCACCGCAUUCGCUGCCAGCCUGUUCGUCCCGCCAGACGCCGUCUCCUUCAUCAUUCCUGAGCGUUCAGUGUCUCGGAGUGUGGUGGUGGUCCUGGUGUGUGUGGUUUCUCUGCUGUGUUACGCUGUGGCUGGAGCAGUUCUCCGUAAGCUGGAUCAGAUGGACCUGAGGCGGGCGUCUGUGGUGCCGCUCUGUGGGAAAGACGGACUCUACAAGUACGAGAUCCAGCUCAAGACCGGCUGGAGUCCUGGAGCAGGAACCACAGCUCACGUUGGCAUCAGUCUUCAUGGCAGUGAGGGCCGCAGCGGGCACAGACACCUGGAUAGCGUCGGCGCCUUCGCUCGCAACAGCCUGGACAUCUUCCACAUCGCCAGUGACUCCAGCCUCGGCAGCGUGCUCAAGAUCCGCCUGUGGCACGACAACAAAGGUCUGUCUCCUGCAUGGCUGCUCCAGUAUGUGCUGGUGAAGGACCUGCAGACGGGCAGCAGUUUUUUCUUCCUGAUUGAGGAAUGGCUCUCGGUGGACAAUGAGAAAACCGACGGCAGAGUAGAGAUAGAAGUGGAGGCUUCAGAGGAGCUGUAUCUGCGUGACUGGCCACGGCUGCUGCGCUGGGAGCUGCAGAGAGCCGUGUGUGAGAGUCACGUAUGGUUAUCUCUGUGGGAGAGACCCUCGCGGAGCCCCUUCACACGCCUACAGAGACUCACCUGCUGCUCGCUUCUGCUGCACCUCCAGAUGCUAGCCGCCGCUGUGUGGUACGGCACUGUCAGCUACAAACACAGCUCGGUGCCGGUGGCUGAUCUGGUGUCAGUGAAUGUGGAGACGCUGUGGGCCGGGAUGGUGAGCUGUCUGCUGGUGUAUCCCCUCUAUCUGCUCGUGUUCUGCCUCUUCAGACUGAGCCGCAGUAAGGUGUCAGUGGAGCAGCUUCCUCCUCAGGUGGAUCAGGAGUCUCUAGAGAUCGACGACUUCCUGGAAAACUCUCUGACAGGAAGCUCUUUCCUCAUGCUGAACGCCAUUCCUGGAGAGACGUACUCUGAGGAGACUAACAUCGACCUGCCCACUCCCUCCACUAAGAGUCUUCAGAGAUGGAGCAUGCCAGACUGUGAUUGGCCAGAUGUGUUGACGGACCCGUCAGUGGAGAUGGGACCGGUGUUUCCCCCGCGGCUCAAGAGAGGUCAGGGCAGCAGACAUCUGGGGGUGGACAUCACCUUCAGUCCAGACCACGAGGACGACACGGUCUGCCAAAACAGCCACAGGAACAAAUACUUCUCCUCCUCAGAUGAGGAUCUAAUCAAGCGCAUUCUGGCUGACGGACAGCUGCUCUCCCAGACGGACAGUGAUGUGGGCGAUCUCUCCAGUAUAUUCGGUGAUAAGACGGAGGUGAUUUUACUGCAGAAGAUGAAUGAGCCGGUUCCUUGUGCCACCUUUAGACGAGACCCACCCAAAACUGCCUUUACUUCGCGCACAGUGGUGGCGGAUGUCUGUAAACCCAGACCGCUUCCUCCUCUGUGCGGAUUGGCAGCUCUGUGGGCCAGCUGGGCGGGGCUUAUCCUGUCCAGCAGUCUAUCAAUGUGGUUGGGGCGGGGCUUCAGUGAAGGCGUGGCUCUGAUGUGGCUCAUCUCCUGCAUUGUCAGCUUCCUGUCGUCAUUCCUCCUUCUUGAACCUCUAAAGGUGUUGCUGGAGGGUGUGUAUUUCUCUCUGGUGGUGCGGCGUCUGCGGCCUGAGGAGCAGGAUGUGUUGGUGGAGUGUCCGCGUGUGGAGCGAGUGGUCCAGCGGAUCCCCCGAGUGCGCCCGCCGCAGGGAUUCGCUCUCUCACAGGCCAGAGAAGAGGCGCGUAAAGUCCGUCUGCUGCACACCAUGCUGAAGGGUUUCCUGCUCUACAUGCUCUUCCUGAUGGUGGUUUUACUGCUCAAUUACUCCGACUCGGAAAAAGACGCACAUCGCCUCAGACUGAACGCUCAACUGCAGGAUCAUUUCCUUACAAAACACUUUAACAACAUCAGCAGUCGUGAGGAUGUGUGGGCGUGGCUCUCAAACUCGCUGUUACCACGGCUACUGGACGAGCAGGUGCUGAUGGAGAAGACGGGCAGCCUGCUGAUUGGUCGAGCUCGUCUCCGGCAGACGAGAGCUCAGCCAGAAUGCCCCGUCAGUGGAUAUUUCCCAGCAUCCUCUUGGUUUGGGUGUGUCCAGGCCGGGUGGGCCGAGUCAGCAUCCGGAUUGGUGCAGAACUGGAGCGUCAGUACAGCUCAGAGCAGCGGUGUGUGGCACUGGGGUCAGGUGUCUGUCUACAGCAGCUCUGGAUUCGUGCAGGAUCUCAGCAGGAAGAUGCAGGACUCGAAAAAUCUGAUCAAUCAACUUAACACACACCAGUGGCUCGACCCGCUGACGAGGGCUCUGUUCUUGGAGUUUUCCCUCUAUAACAUCAACACAGAUCUGCUGUCCGUCUUCUCAUUCCUGCUGGAGUUUCCAGUGUCGGAGCGUGCUCAGUUGAGUCUGGACCUCAAGACCUUCAGCCUCCACACGCUCAGUCACGGCAUGGACCUGCCGCUGUUCCUCACGCUCAUCCUGCUGGUGUUGCUCAUCUAUUUCUCCGUUCGUGAGGGUUUGCUGGUCUGGAAACAGGGCCGCUGCUACUUCCUGCGCGUGUGGAAUUUAGCCAGCGUCUGCAGUCUGCUGCUGGCCGUCUGCGUAGCCUCUUUACACCUGAGCCGCUCUGUUGUGUCCGCGCAGCAGUGGAGAGCCUUCCUCCAGCACAGAGACGCCUUCACAGACUUCUUUCCUCUGGCCCAGCAGAACCAGCUUUUGACCCAGAUGAGCGCCACUCUGCUCUUCCUGCUGGUGCUCAAGGCGUCGCACCAGCUGCGCUUCCUGAGAGAAUGGGGUGUUUUCGGGAGAACGCUGAGGAAAUCUUUCUGGGAGCUGCUGAUGGUUGCUGUCACUCUGCUGGUGUUCCUGUUGGCGUACUCACACACUGGACACCUGCUUUUCCACUCCGUCAUGGAGGGCUAUGGAACAGUCAGCUCCACUUGCUUUAAGUUAAUAGGCUCUAGUGGGCGUGGCCUGUUGUCUUGGCGACCGGACAGUGGCUCCUUCCCCUGUUCUGGAUCCUGUUUCAUCUUCUACAUCAGCUUCACUCUCCUGCGACUCGUUCUGCUGUGGAUUUUGAUGUCAGCGUUGCUGAGGAACUAUCGGCGGGCACGAGCAGAACUCUACCGUCCAGCUGUCGACCUGCAGGACUAUGAAAUGGUGGAGUUGUUCCUGCGACGCCUCAAAAUGUGGAUGGGACUCAGUCGCACUAAAGAGUUUCGGCACAAGGUGCGAUUUGAAGGUAUGGAGCUCCCUCCUUCACGUUCCUCUUCGACGAGUGACUGCAAGUCUUUAUGUCUUCCUCCUCUGGACACUCCUGAGGCUCCUCCGACUCCCGACAGUGUUGACGGAGGCUCUGAGGCCUCCUGGCGGCCUACAUCCAGCAGCCCCUGCAGUCUGGCUGAAGUUCCUGGUCUGGGACUCGGCCUCAGCUCAGGCCUUGGGGUGAUCGUUGGAGGCCAAGGCUGGAAAGAGAGAGCAGAAAUGGAGGCGACACUUCGCAGAGUUCUUCCAGCCUUCGAUGCUCUGCUUCUUCAGCUUGACAGGGUCACUCAUGCCACAGAGGAUCUGUAUCGAACAGAGUAUCGGAUAGAGAGGCUUCUGAGGAAGAGCAGAGGACAGGAAAGAGCAAGAAGUAGAAGCCGUAGAAGUUUAGAUAAUGCAGGACAGAGGAGACAUAAACACAGGAGCACAGAAGUCUCAGAGAGUAGCAGGAGUCCCCUGAGAACUGAAAUAAGUGACAGAAAUCUUCAUAAGAGUGACCGAAGAUCAAGGAAAACAGACUCGAGAAAGUUUUCAAAAAUCACCAGUGUUCUUUCCAAAAGUCUCAAUAAAGGAGACUCGAGUCCCCACAGGGAGAACAGUCUGCAGAGGACUCAAGAAAAGCCUUGUACCAAAGUGGAAGAUGUCAGAAACACUGAGAAGGAGCCUAGUAUGGUGAAUUCGGAUCCCCUGCAAGCAAGUUCCUUAGAAUUGGACAGAAUUCCACCUAGAGCACAAAAGGCUGAGAAGAUUUCUCAAAAAGUCAAAAGAUCCUCUAAUAAAGUUGACCCGAACUUUCAAAAGGACUCUGAGGUCGAUGGAUGUGCCAUCAAACCUGCCCAAACUCCAGCCCCUACGCCUGUUCCCGUGCCAGCUUCUGCUCCCUCGACAGCUCCAGUUUUUGCCAUUACGACCCCCGUCCCGAUCCCGCGGCCUCAUGAGUGGGUUCCUCCCAGCAGCAGUGAGAAUCUUCCCACCAGUGUUUUCCGGCACCCCGCACACACUACCACAAACCCCACCCGCAAACGCAAGCACAAGCCUCCCGCUCUCAAAAACAAGGUGCACCCCAACACAGACAGACCUAUCUCAGGACAUCCCAAACCUUGACCUCCAACAGAGUCAGAAUGCAAUCAGGAAUUGUGUCGUAAAGCUAAUGAAAGAAUGAGGGUUUGGAUUUUUCUUCUUAUUUGAGGAAACGAGGACCUGGAGACAGCCGGCUUUGUAACCAGGACCUCCAGAAGACUAGAGCAAUAAGACGAAACCAAAUACACACCACAGCCUUAAGUUCCAAGCCAUAAGUCUUUGAUUGUUUAACUCCUUACUAGAAAUCUCAAUAUGGAAACUAGGUGCUGGUCAUCGUGGUUUCUGCAAUCCUCAUGAAGUCCCGUUUGAUGCAAGUUGCCCUCCUCCUUCACUGCAAAAAAACGAUGCUUUUUUACUAAGAGUUUUUGUCUAGUCCAGUACCUAAACCCAACCUUACUAACUAUUAAUAAGCAGCUAUUCAGUAGUUUAUUGAGCUAAAAGUCUUAGUUAAUGUUUUGUACAUUAAAAUAAAGUCUGAGCCUAAUUUGACUUACUCCACUGACAAAUUACUUAGCUUGUUUUAAGUAAAACAAAUUGCUUAAAAUCGGCUUGUUUUUACCAGUCUAGAACAUUCUUGUUGAUUAAAGAAUAUUUAGAUAUUUGGACUAGAAACAAGAUUAUAACUCUACAUGAGAAAGCUAUUUUCUGCAGCGGUCCCCUCUCACAGUGACCUCAAGUCCAGCCUGUUGACCCUGGUGGUCAUCUGGGUUGAAUCUGACACGAGCACACCUUGUGCUGUCACAGAAAACCAACAAACUCAUGAAAGAGACCAUGAUGGACUACAACAGCAUAUGCCUGUUGAUGCAGGAUGGCUAAAGCUCGAUGGUAUUUGUCGAAUGACAUUUUUAAGUUACGUUUGAUGAAUCGUGUUGUUGUUUUUUUGUUGUUAUUGUUGAAGGAAGCUAUCUUUAGGUCAUGGGUGUAUUAUUGCCCAUAGAUGCAGAGUAGGUUAUUCAGAAAGGGCUCACACUGACAAACUCACACAUUUUAAAAACAAAAAAAUGUUAAAAAAAUAUUGCAGGUACAUAAAUAUAGAGCUACGCUUUGAGGUACUCAUAAUUCAUGCUUCUUAAUAUAACGGCAUGUUGCAGGAAAGUAGACGCAAACACAUAUCAGAAAAUAUAUUGAUCAUUUCACACUAACAUACUUCUGAAGAGGCCAUCAGGGUGCUAAACAACUAGUAAUCCUCAGGAUUUCACUUGUAUGUUCUGUGGCGAUUGUAUGUCAGCUCCAUUUAGAGGUUAUUUUUGAGAGUAAUGAGCCCAAAGGCGAGAGAAAGAGAAAAUCUGAUCGAAGGAAAAAAUGAGAGAAGGCAUGUCAGAACGGGUGAGUUUUAAAGGAGACCAAAUAUUUGGAAAUAGCUUUUCUCAGUCACUUUGGUUCAUUUCUCAGAUCAGAAUUGAAAGUAGCAUCAGGUGCAGUAAGAGCAUUUCUCAAUGACAAUUUCUCAAAACAUGCAUACAAAUAACAAAACACCCUGGAUUACCUGUAAAAGCCAGCUCAAAAUCCUUACUCCAUCUCUCAAAACUACAUUUCUGUCAAUGAACAUGUCAGUGCAAUCAGAAAGCCCUUGUGUCAUUGUGUACUGUUGUCAAUAUAUCAGUGUAUUCUGGUGGGCUGUUCUGAUGUAGACUGAGGCCACAAAAACUCUGAUUACAAAUAUAUUAUAAUUUUUUGGCUACUCCUUAUGUGGAAGGUUGAUUGCAAGAGACCAUUGUAAUGCAUUUUGAUCAACAUAAGCAAUUGAUAAUGUAGGAAACAGCAGCGAAUUGCACAAAAUCAGCUGCAUGGAUGUAUGCAUUUGUAACUUGUUCAAAGGAAAAUUUUGAGAAUUCUGAGACAUUUAUUUGAGAAAUUCUGAUCUGAGAAAUGUACCAAAGCCACUGAGAAAAGUGGUAGUUGUUGUAGUAGUUGGACACGAAAUGUGAGAUGAAGAAAGUGUAAAUGUUUAGAGAGAGCAUGAAGAUGAAGGAACGUCCCUCAUUCAAGCACAACUCCCACAAUUCUCUGUACGAGGAUUUGUUGUUACAGCAGGUAAAAAAAGAAGUUCCAUAAAGCAUUAUUAUUAUUAUUGUUGUUGUAAAACCAGCUUAUGAAAUAUUGAAGUAUGUUUGUUGCUGCCUUCUAUGAUUUGUUCUGAAUCUAAUUUAAAAAGCACUUUUUGUAUUGAGUUGAAUGAUUGCGACGGCGUUGAGCGUGUUUUAGUUUUCAUGUGUUAUGUAAUAAAAUAAGCUUGGUACGAACAUAAGAGAUAGUUACGACAGCAUUAACUCUCCGUAUUAUUACUAUUAUUAUUUUAUUUUUUGCCAAAGCUUGCUAUACUCGUGUAACAAGAGAUGAACUGACGGUUCUUUUGUACUUAGCACUUUAUUUCAAUGUCAAGCUUUAGUGCUUUGCCAUAAUUAACUAGUAUGUAUUGUUUCCUCACGUAAUGCUUUUCCAGAACCAUUCUCUUUGAGUAUUAUGCAACCCAGGCUCAUUGUGGAUACGUACCCCUGUAUACAUUUCUGGAGAGCGUGAAAUACAUCCUAAGAAAUACUUUUUUUUUUGCAGUUUUUUUUUCGCGAUCCAUCAGAGGCCGCUGUGUACGCUUUUUAAGAUUUCGAAUUUCUCUCGCGAGUACCAUUGGCGCCUGCUAUUCAUAAUCCAUUAGAGGUUGUUGUUGAGUGACUGACCUAUUUACUCACCACUUUCCCUAAACCCAACCGACAGUCUUUUCAAAAGCGUCGAUUGACGCACCCACCACCUUCCCAAUCGAUAGUGUUUUUAAAAAGCGCAGAUUGACCAACACACCCCCUUCACCCAAACGAUAGUUUUCAAAAGUGCCGGUUAACCCACCCACCUCCUUCCCUAAACCCAACCAACAGUCUUUUCAAAAGCGCCGUUUGACGCACCCACCACCUUCCCAACCGAUAGUGUUUUCAAAAGCGCAGAUUGACUAACGCACCCCCUUCACCCAACCGAUAGUUUUCAAAAGUGCCGGUUAACCCACCUACCUCCUUCCCUAAACCCAACCGAUAGUGUUUUCAAAAGUGCCGAUUGAACCACCUACUGCCUUCCCUAAACCUAACCGACAGUGUUUUCAAAUAAGCCGAUUGACCAGCCCACCCCCAUCUCCCAACUGAUAGUUUUCAAGAUUGCCAAUUUCCCCCAUCCCUUCCCUAAAUCCAACCAAUAGUGUUUUUCUAAGUGCCGAUUGAACUGCCCAACACCAUCCCUAAAUCCAACCGUUAGUGUUUUCAGAAGCCGAGAUUGACACACCCACCUUCUUCACCCAACCGAUAGUGUUUUCAGAAGCCCAGAUUGACCUGCCCAGCCCUUCCCUAAACCCAACCGAUGGUGGGACCUCAUGAACGCCUGGUUUUUACCUCGUUUUUCAAUCUUACCACUUUCUCACUCUGUUAUUUACCUGUUUACUUUUUUUUUUGUUUUUCCUGUUUUCUGGAAUCGUUCUUCACCGUAUUCGAACCCCGUCGGCGCGGUCAACUCCGCUCCGCCUCCCAAGUCCACCGACGUAUGCAGCGAGCCACUGGACAAAGUGGUAGCAGCAGAAAAGCCGUCCACAUGGAGGUCAGUGAUCAGCUAGUAGUGCGAAAUGGAAUAGAAGCCAUCGGCGGCAUUAUACCACCCCGUAUCGAUCAUUUUAAAGACCAUACGUACCUCUGGCUACAUAAUUCGCACUCUCCAGAAAUGUAUAUGUGGGUACGUUUUCACAAUGAGCCGGUUUGUAUUAUACACAUCAGCUGCAUCAGGAUAUUAAUUACAGUAAUUAUUACUAUUAUUAUUUGAUGUUUUUUGUGAAGUACUAAAAUGAUGUUGUUUACUAUGAUGAUGCUCAGGGACCCUCUUUUAUUUUUAAUUUUUUUAAACCCCAUCCCAGGAUUUUAUUAUUUUUUUAUUUGUAUUUGUUUCAAUUAAUAAGGCCUCACAUGAUCAAAGCAGAGCACACGUGAUUGGACGCUGAAAUGUGUAAAUGCUCCGACGUCUACAGAGACGGAGAUCAGUUUUGAUCAUCAAAGGUCACGUCGACUAUAAUAACGUCUUUACUCAAGCCAUUCCGCAUUUGAAAGGUCAUGUUUAUCUGUACAUAUCGGUGUGCCCUGAUGUAAAUAUUAUGUUAGGAGUUUUGAUCGCAUUUGUUUUAAUCUCAUUUGCCGUAAUCGCACUGAGCUGAAAUCUCUGUUUUGUUGUCAUUUGUUACACACCAACGCUUUGCAGUUCAUUUCUCCAUGCCAAAGCAAGCAAAACCACCCCAAAAUAACAAUGAAAGCAUCGCUGUUAUUUUAUUUUUGGUAUCAUUUUCAACAGAGCUACACACUGCACCGGCACUCAUUUGAAACUAAUAGCUUAUUAGUAGCUUAUCUUUGCAGGAUAGCUGAAAUAGUUCAUACUUUGUGUCAGUAAAAAGCAGCUUGCAUGCAAUGAUGUAAAAGCCUUCCUUUGUUUUGUAUUAAAUGCUGAAGGUGUUGAUUGCGGGUUGUGCAGUAUUGAGCUGUUGUACUUGUAACGUUGUAGCACUUCGCUUUACAUGCUUUUGCACUUGACAAAGUCAAAUAAAGAGUCUUGACAGCUGAGAGUUUGCGCUUCCUCAGAACA